AUGAAGUGGUUACGGAGUCGCGGGGCCGAGCUCGGUGCUCGGUUGCGAGCUACGGCCUUUCGAGGCGCGAGGAGCCAGCCUGGAACUCGUCGUCACGACGGGCUUUGGGUAAAAUUAGGGAAGCGACAUGCGCUGGACCGCAUGUGUGCGAGAGACGACAGCAGUGCCCGACAGAUGGGCGGUAGACACGACCGAGUGGACGUUAGAGGUGGGCGGGUGGUUGAACCACCCGGCAGACGUCGCGACGACAGUCGAUGGGCUGGCGUGCGGUAG